AUGUUUAGAUAUUUAAAGGGAAGAAAAACAUUAACUUUAAAUAAUUUAAAAGUUUACGUAUGCGUUCCGACGUCUAAACCAAAUCUGUUAGAACCCUUCUCAGUAAUCUCUUUCAUCAGCACCACCAUCUCUGUCUCUUGUUUUUAUUUUCAUCUCUGCCUUCAAAACGAAGUUUCCUUUCUUCUCUCUUCCUCAUCCAAAUCAAUCCCCUGCACUCACGCCCACAAUACCAUCUUUACCCCCACUCCAAAACAAAAACCAAAAACCAAUCAAACUAAAAUCACAUCACCCCAAAAACACACCUUCUUUUUCAUCUUCUCUAUAUUUUUUACAUUAACUAUUCAAUUUCAUUGCGCCACUGGUUUUAAUUUUCCGAAUUGGGAAACAAAAAUUAAAAUCGAGAAUUUCUCAAUCCAAAAUUCUUGA